AUGAUUUUAGAAAAUUAUUCUGGGGGGAAAGCCCCAAAAGAAAGAAUUCACACUGGAGAUAAACCCUACAGAUGUAAGCAAUGUGGGAACGUUUUUACACAAGCCAGUUACCUUCAAAAGCAUGAAAGAACUCACAAUGGAGAGAAACCCUAUGGAUGUCAGCAAUGUGGGAAAUUCUUCACUAGUCAGUGUUACCUUUACUAUCACAAAAGAACUCACACUGGAGUAAAACCCUAUGGAUCCAGUAACCUUCAGAGACAUAGCAAAUUUCACAAUGGAGAGAAACCCUACCGUGAUUCCAGUAACCUUCAUAUUCAUAAAAUUAGUCACAAUGGAGAUAAACCCUAUGGAUGUACAAAAGGUAGGAAAGUUUUCACUCAAGCCAGUUACCUUCAAAUUCAUGAAAAAACUCACAGUGGAGAAAAACACUAUGGAUGUAAGCAGUGUUGGAAAACUUUUGAUCAAGACAGUCACCUUCAGAGACAUAGAAAAACACACAAGGGAGACAAUCCUUGUGGAUGUAAGCAAUGUAGGAAAGCCUAUGCUGAUUCCAGUAACCUUCGUAUUCUUGAAAGAAUUCACACUGGAGAGAAACCCUAUGGGUGUAAGCAAUGUGAGAAAAUUUUCACUGGAGACAGUGAACUCCUUCGAAUUCCUGAAACUAUCUUUGAAUUCCUGAAAGAACUCACACCUGCUGCCAUUUCUCAGGCUACAGAGCUCCAGCAGCUUUGUGAAAUCUUCUCACUGCAGGAACAUAGUGAGGUCACCUGGACGCGUCAGAAGCGGGAAAUGAAGCGAUGGGAAAGAAACAUAGCAGAAGUCAUAACAUUUGGAGUUGUUCGGCGCAUGUUUGCCAAUCAGAGCGGCUGUUUAAUCGCCUGCACCACCUGUCCAAUGAGAAGCAAAAGUGGUAGGCGGUUCCUGUUGCCUUUUCAUUAUCGCCAUAUUUACCACGAUCCUGCUGCCAUUUCUCAGGCUACAGAGCUCCAGCAUCUGUGUGAAAUCUUCUGCCUGCAGGACCAUAUUGAUGUCACCUGGACGUUUCUGAAACCUGAAGCAUUACAGAGACUGCAUGAGCAUAAACAGUAUAUUCAAUGUGGAGAAUCCUUUUAUCAGACUUCAGAGAAUAUUGUAACCAAGGAAACUAUGCUUAGAACAGCACCAUGGCAAAGCAAUAUAUGUAAUGCUUAUGAGCAAACCUUCCCUAAUGGCAAGGCUCUUCUACUCCAUGAAAGGAUACACAAUGUAGUGAAUUGUGAAUGUAAACAAUGGGGGAAAGCCUACCAUCAAUCCAGUAACCUUUGUAUUCAUGAAAGUAGUCACACUGGAGAGAAACCCUAUGGAUGUAAGCAAUGUGGGAAAGUUUUCACUGAAGCCAGGUACGUUCAAAUUCAUAAAAGAACUCACACUGGAGAGAAACCCUAUGCAUGUAAGCAAUGUGGGAAAGCCUAUGCUUAUUCCAGUUACCUUCAUGUUCAUGAAAGAACUCACACUGGAGAGAAACCCUAUGGAUGUAAGCAAUGUGGGAAAGCCUAUGCUUAUUCCAGUAAUCUUCGUAUUCAUGAAAGAACUCACACUGGAGAAAAACCCUAUGGAUGUAAGCAGUGUGGGAAAGCCUUUAAUCAACACAGUCACCUUAAGAAACAUAGUAGAACUCACACUGGAAAGAAACCCUAUGGAUGUAAGCAACGUAGUUAA